CUAGUGGGAUAACUUUAUCCAUUAAACCCAGGUGUACAAUUUGCCACAAUGGACAACACUAGAACGACAUUUCAAUCUGAAAUCUUCCAUUUCCUCCUCUCAUUAAUCAUUUCAUUCCCUCCAUUUCUCCAUCCAAUAUCUAAGCCAUAAUUUUGUUCAUCUACCCACGCCAAGGUCCAAAACUUGUGCCAAUUACGUUCUACAAAAAACAGGAAAAUAUCACCAAAUGGCCUCCGUUUCAAUGGCUAUGCAGUUGACUUCUGCAACACAGAAAAGGGUUCACCAACCCAGCUAUGAAUCCUUCAUCCAGCCUUUGCCUCUUGGGCCAUCGAAAUUUGUUUUCUCUACAAAGCCAAAGCCCAGAGCCAGGCUUCAAAUGCAGGCCUCCUUCAAAGAAAAAGCAGUGACAGGUCUAGCUGCAGCCGCAUUGACAGCUUCUAUGGUUAUACCUGAUGUAGCAGAAGCAGCUGAGUCUGGUGUCUCCCCAUCUCUCAAGAACUUUUUGCUUAGCAUCGUAGCUGGUGGAGUCGUGCUUCUUGCGAUUGUUGGAGCUGUUAUUGGAGUUGCAAACUUUGAUCCUUUCAAGCGAGCCUGAGGAGAAUCUGAAAGUUGCCCUGUGAAUUUCUUGCCGUUUAUCCUCACAAUAUUGCUAUUCUGAUUAUGUAGUUUAUGUUAGUAAUACA